AAUGGCGCUUUCUGCGGCAAGUUCUCAGCAAAAAUGACAAGAACAGAUUGGAAGAAAGAAAAAGAAUUAGAAGAAGCUAGAAAGGCAGGAACUGCACCAGCUUUGCAGGAUGAAACAGGAAAAGACAUCAACCCUCAUAUUCCUCAAUAUAUUUCUGAUGCGCCUUGGUACUAUGGAGCAUCUGGACCAACUCUCAAGCAUCAAAGGCCACAGGAAGAAAGGCAAAAACAGUUUGCUAAAAUUGAUGCAUCGUAUAAACGUGGUGUGAAAGAGACUGCAGCGAUAAAAUUUCGAAAAGGAGCCUGUGAAAACUGUGGUGCGAUUACUCACAAGAAAAAAGACUGCCUUGAGCGUCCUAGACGUGUAGGUGCUAAAUUCACCGGAGAAGAUAUAAAACCCGACGAAUAUGUCCCGCAACAACAUAGCUUUGACUACGAUGGCAAAAGAGACAGAUGGGUUGGAUAUGAUCCUGAAGAACACCAAAGGGUGCUAGAAGAAUAUCAAAAAAUGGAAAUGGCGAAACAACAGCUGAAGUCGGAUAAACUGCAUCAAGAUUUAAUGGACGGAAAGAAAGUUGAGGAGAAAGAGAAAUUAAGUGACGAUGACGAUGACGAUGAGGAUAAAUAUGCUGAUGAUGUCAUUAUACCGGGACAGAAGUUUGACAGUAAGAGGAGGACGACAGUAAGAAAUCUGCGUAUUCGAGAAGAUACAGCGAAGUACCUGUACAACUUGGAUUUGAAUUCUGCUCACUAUGAUCCGAAAACGAGGUCGAUGAGAUCCAAUCCAUUUGGUCAAAAGGAUAUUGCGGGAAAAGCAGUGACGUAUCAAGGUGAUAACUUCGUCCGCUACUCAGGUGACACGAAAAACAUGGCGAAUACUCAGUUGUUCGCGUGGGAGGCGUACGAAAAAGGCACGGAUGUUCAUCUUCAAGCCGAUCCAACCAAAUUGGAACUUUUGCAUCGUGAAUACAAAGUUAAGAAAAGUGAUUAUAAAAAAGAUCUUAAAGGUGGAAUACUGGAGAAGUAUGGUGGCGAAGAACAUUUGGACGCACCACCGAAGGAACUAUUGUUCGCGCAAACGGAAAACUAUGUUGAAUACUCAAGAACUGGUGAAGUAGUGAAAGGUCAAGAAAAAGCCAUUCAAAAAUCAAAGUACGAGGAAGAUGUGUUCAUUAAUAAUCAUACCUCCGUGUGGGGUUCUUAUUGGGUCGAUGGUAAAUGGGGCUACAGUUGUUGUCAUUCGCUUAUACGCGGUUCAUACUGUACGGGUGAAGCUGGGAAAAGGGUGAACGCGCAAGAAUUCCCAUCGAUCGAAAACAACGACGUUGGUGAUCCUAAAUCUUUAACAGAGUUACAUCACGAAAAGCGAUCUAAAGAAAGGAAGAAAAAUGACAGAAAAAGCGAAAACUCGGAUGAGCUAGACCGAGAGAAAUUGAAAAAGGCUUUGAUCGAAGAGGAAAACCAACAAAAAGAAGCGAAUAAGCUCCUACAAAUGGACGAACGUAAAAGAUCUUAUAACUCAUUGAAACGCGACUAUCACGAAGUAACGGCUGAGGAAUUAGAGGCAUACAGAAUCAAGAGACGGAACACCGAAGAUCCGAUGAGCAGCUUUUCCAGAUAACAGUAACAACAAAAUGAUGUUUUUAAACUUCUGCAGCGUUUGCUAACGAUGCUGUUUAGCAAAAUGUGUUAAUGAGUUGUGAUGUAAGCUUUAUUACUUCACACGUUGACUGUCGUGGCAACCAACAACGAAUUUCACCCAACGCAGAUCACAUCAAUUUGAACAAUUAAGACUACGAAGAUGCGCAAAAAAGCUUUUACCUCCAAAUUGAAUGCAGUUAAUACGUGAAUAGUUCUUCUAGCAUUCAGUGAAGUCUUUCCUUCUGCUUUAUCUCACUCUAACUAUAAUACACAGGUAAUUGUUGAAAAAUACGUAAAUAUAGAUACAGACAUUUGUAAAAAGAAGAUCACUUUAUUGAUGAGCUAGAAACCAUGUUUCCUUGCCCUUGAAGUAGUGGUAUAUGAAACAACUGCUUCAAAGGAUUGUAAAAAUGUUUAAUGAAAUUUUGACUCGUUUAUAGCCCGUAAAAUUUAUAAACUUUCAA